UUAGUGAUAGAUAGUUAUCUGUUACACUGUUCUAGUUGUAGUUCCCCCUUUAAAAAAAAAAAAAAAAGAAAGAAGAAAAGAAAAGCUGCUUUUUCUUUAGCGGUCAGUCAGGGUUUUCCUGACUGAAAUUGACUAAUAAGCAAAGGACUCAAGAAUGCCAGGAUCACCCGGCUUCAAGAAGUGCCUCCAGUGCCAGGAGGCUAUUCCCAUCUCGGAUGGUCACUCCCGGUGUGUUAGAUGUCUCGGGUACACUCAUGUCUCAGCCAAGUGUGGUCACUGCGAGAAGAUGACAGCUCGCGCUAGAAAGGAUCGGGAGCUGAGGUUGAGAGUCCUUUUGUUCAAUAAGGCUCUCCAAGCUCCGGAGGUCUCCGAGCCACACUCUGCACCUCCCGAGCAAGCCCCCAAGAUCCACGGGACGCCGAGCGCCACUGCGGACAAGCCGGGGAGCUCUGGCUAUGCGCCGAGACUCCCCGCAGGCAAGGCGGGCAAGGGCCGUAGCUCUUCUGCCCCAACUGCAGCCUGCCCCAAAAGCUCCGCUCCGACACCCAAGAAGGGGUCGAGAGCGGAGUCGGUGCCGGCAACGGCUUUAAUGGCCAUUGCGGAGCUGGCAAGAGAAGCCCCGGCACCGGGAGUUCCGGCGCAUGCGCGCCCGCAGCCUGCUGUAACGGCACCCACAGCGCCUUCCAUAGGUGCCGCUCUGGGCUCCUCGGUGCCGGGCAUAUCGGCACCGGAUGCACCUCCGCCACAGGAGUCUCUGCCAGUCCAGCCUCCCGCUUUCUCCUUUCCGGGGGAUCAAGCUGCACCGAGCCUUUACUCUGCCGUUCACGUGGCAGACGUUCAAGUGGCAGAGGCUUCUUCACUGUCUGCUGUUCUGCCACAAGCACCUCCCCAGCCUGCCUGCAAUGCCUCGGUGCCAACCAAAACACAACAAAAGACUGCAAGGGUCCAGACACCAUCAAUAACGCCGGACAGUGUCACCUUCUCACCUGGACCUGACUCACCUACCUCCUCCCAUGCAGAUUACCGUCGUCGUAUUCACUGUUACACGACCUCCAGGGAACCCUACUAUAGGUCAACUCGUCAUUCAUCGCCACGUCGGUCCUAUCGGGACAGCUACUCGAGGUCUCCCUCAUGCUACUACAGGAGAUCCCUUUCACCAAGAUCCCCAAGACGUACAGACUGCAUAUUCUUAAGCCAUAUCUUCUCACUGUAUGACACAGUGAGAAGAUACAGCCGUUCUCCCUGCCGCAGCCGGAGGGAUGACCGAUGUUAUCACGAGUGCUCUUCUCGUUCAUCUCACCGCAGAAGGUAUUCGCGAUCGCGAUCACCGCAAUCUUCUCGGCAUCAAUCUCCACAUGGUCUGGACGAGUCUACUCCUUAUGUUGCGCCACCAUCCUCGGCUGGGGAUUUGGAUUCGCAAUAUCAGGAGGAUAAGCAGGACCACACUCCUCUUCAAGGACAGCAGAGCCCUGAUUCCCCAGCGCAGCGUUCCUCAUCCUCGCCGGAUGACGCUGUGGUCCCUGCGGACUUGUCUCCUACAGAGGACCACAAGCAGUUCCAGGAACUCUUCAAGAGGGUUGCACAAUCUCAAGACAUCCAGACCACGGAUGUACAACAGAAACAGCAUCGGCUGCUGAAGAACUUACAACCUUCCCAGAAGUCAAAGCUCGCUUUUCCCUUUGAUGACGCUAUACUGGAGGUUGCCAAUGACAUCUGGCAGACUCCGGCCACAUCGCUACCAACUAAUAAGCGGUCGGAUAAGAAAUACUUCAUAACUCAGAAGGAUAUGGAGUUUCUGUUCACACAUCCUCAGCCUAACUCCCUUGUUGUAGACGCUGAACAGCAGAGAAUAAGAACGUCUCAAACCAAAAAUUCCUCAAAUGACAAGGAGGCUAAACGGCUGGAUAUCUUGGUCAGGAAAGUAUAUUCCUCCUCCACUUCUGCUCUGAGGAUGUGUAAUUUUGCGGCACAAUUAGCAAAUCACGAUUUCAACAACUAUUCGAAACUGGUCCUUCUGUUUGAGCACUUGCCGGAUUCCAAACAUCAGAUUCUCAAGGUGGUGAUACAAGAGGGCUAUACGGUCACCCGAAUAGCCUUAUAG